CCUAUGAUAAAGUUGGUCCCUUAUCGCCACCGGUAAGACACUGAGGAGGAGGUACCAUCAUGGCUACCACGGUAGUGAAGCUGGCAGUGAUCCCAGCAGCAAUGGGAUUGGCCUCGUUUCGAGUUUAUGCCAUGAGUCAGGACAAAACAGAGACUGUGCUGCUCUCCCCUAGAGAGUUGUCCAUCUAUGCUCCAGACCCUCCAGCAACGCACUACAUGGAUGAGCAGCCUGGAGCUCUGCAGAGUGGGCUGGGGGUGGUCCGGGUGGGGCUGCAGCCAUACGUUAGAGCCGUUAAGAAUGCUUAUACCUCUGUCAUGGUUGGAGCUGUAAAAGUCUAUACUGCUGGACAUGAUACAUAUGAGUUCCUGAGAGAUCCUCCUCCUGGUUUUAUCCCAAGGGUCGGUGUAAUCACAGUCUCUGGGUUAGCUGGUCUGAUCCUGGCAAGGAAAGGGUCACGUCUGAUGAGGCUGGGGGUUCCUCUGGGUAUGGCCACUAUUGGCAUGGCCGUGUGCUACCCCACUCAGACAGUGGGUGUUGUAAAGAUGACGGGGCAGAAGAUGUAUGCAGUAAGCCAGUGCACUACAUCAUCUGUGGCAUCAAUAUUUAAAUCAAAGCCCAAAGAAGUAACUCCCCCAACUGUCAGUCUUGAGCAAGCCCCACCAGCUCCCAUCCUUGAGCCAGAAGUGUCAGAGGCAAAGCCCCUCCCUGAAGCUGAAUCAUCUGAACCAGCCACGCCUGCAGUUGACAAGGCUUCCCCCACUGAACCUAGUUCUCCCCCAGCUCCAUCUGAGGCUGAACCUGCCCCUCAGCCCACCACAGAGGUGAACCCUGCAGAGGGUUCUAUUGACACUGAACCUCCUGCAGCUGAACCUGAGGCAGUCACAGUGGUGGAGCAAGAGGCUGUUCAGAGGGCCCUUGUGCCUGCCCCUGCCGAAGAGGCUGCCCCUGCCGAAGAGGCUGCCCCUGCCGAAGAGGCUGCCCCUGCCGAAGAGGCUGCCCCUGCACCUCCUGCUGAGGAAGCUGCUGCUCCACCUGCUGAAGAUAUUCCUCCACCUGCCCCUGCUGAGGCUGUCCCUGCACCUCCCCCAGCAGAGGAAGUUAUUCCUCUCCCACCUCCUGCUGAAGAGACAGAGCCUCCACCACCUGCACCUGUUGAGGAGGAAGCUGCUCCUUCACCUCCUGCAGCUGAAGAGACUGUACCUGCUCCUGUUGAGGAGGCUGCUCCUCCAGCUACAACAGAGGAGCCAUCUGUGAUUGUAAUAAAAACUGCUGGGAAACCCAAAUUUGCACCAGACCCUAAGCUAGUUGACCUGGGCCAGGCCAACCCUGAGGAUGAGGACCUGUACAGUACGCGUGGAUGAAGAAUGACAGGAGGAGAAGGUGGGGGGAAUGUGGGAGGGAGGGAGGGAGGGAGGGGAAGGAUGGAUAAGGGAAAGCUCCAGAAAUUGAAAAUAACAAUUUGAAUCCAUGACAGGCCGGAGGAUGGAGAAUCAGGUUGCAGCCAUACUGUAUUGGAAUUUUGACCUCUGGUGUCUUCUGUUUCUUUGCGUAGCCUGCAGUUUACAUGUACACACCCACAGGGUACAGACAACUUUACACCCUGCUUCCAGAGCCACUACACAAGGUUUACAAUUUAUUAGGUACACCCAUCUAGGACUGGGUCGGACCCCCCUUUGUCUCCAGAAAAGCCUGAAUUCUUCGGGGCAUG